ACGCACGGCCAACUGUCGUUUAUAAAUAAAUGUGGAAAUAACGUCCACAUCAUCUCGUCGCGGAAAUUGCACAAGAAAAAUAUGGAAAUUCCGUUCGGGAAGAUAGCGAUCUACGUGCUGACCUUCGUCGGGUACGCUUAUUCCGGUUACGGUUCUGGUAUUCUGAGUAAUCUGCGGGAUGCGGUGAUCUCGGCGGAGAACGUCUUCGGGGAUGCCGUCAAGAACAUCAUCAACGUCGCCAACAAUCUGAACGGGCUCAACGAUGUCUUUCAUAUGGCCGUAGAGGAGCACUGCAUCUUCAAGUGUCCGAACGUUAACGUGACGCCGAAGCCGGAUCGAAAUCACAGGGCCUCCUCGAACGGAUGCGGCUCUCUCGGGUUGAAAAUUGAUAACCAAUAUUUGCCGGUUGGCGACAUGACGAAAUGCUGCGACGCUCACGACGUCUGCUACGACAGUUGCGGCAGGGACAAGGAGGUGUGCGAUAUGGACUUCAAGAGGUGCCUGUACAAGCUCUGUGAUGGCAACCAGAAGAGGCUCGGUGAGACGGGGGUCGUCGCGUGCAAAGGGGCCGCGAAGAUGCUCUUCACCGGCACCCUCACCUUGGGUUGCAAAUCCUAUCUGGACGCGCAGAAGAAUGCCUGCUACUGCGGUCCCACAGAGACGAGCAAAAAGAAAGGAAAGUACAGGACAACCGGAGCCGACGAACUGUGAUGAACGAAUCAAUUAGACACAAUCAUUGUUAAUUUAAUUAUUUACAAACAAACAAAAUUGGAAAAGAUUAUCAAUACAUAAAAGUAACUUUUGAA